CCUCCGCAAUGCAUCAUCGACUGCGCGUCACACUUCAAGCGCAGCCUUCCAAACUUAUUCACGCAUAUAGCACCAUGUCUAAACCAGGAAAACGAUUGACCAACCCCGCCCUUUUGUACAGAACUUCCUCAAUUACAGCAAAAUGCCGCCGCUGAUGCUUUUCCAGUAUCUGCGACCUGCAGGAGAAGUUCCGGUCUCCAAUCCAUGAAUUCCCCAAGGUUAUUUCGACUACACAGAAGAUGCUGAAAGCGAGCAAAAUCCUUAACAUCCCCGUAAUCGCCACAACCCAGAAUCGCGCCCGUCUAGGCGAGACAUGCGCCGAACUCAACCUCGACACCCCGGAAGGCAUUACCACCCUUAUCCAUGCCGACAAAACCCUCUUCUCCAUGUGGACCCCUGAGGUUCGGGAAGUCCUCUCAAAGCUCUUCACCCCGCUCUCAUGCGUCAUCGUUGGCAUCGAAUCGCAUAUCUGCGUUACGCAAACCACACUCGACCUGCUGCGUGAAGGCCACAAGGUCUACAUCCUCGCCGAUGGCGUCAGCAGCUGCAACAAAGAAGAGAUACCCGUUGCGCUAGCAAGGUUGCGAGCCGAGGGCGCGGUGGUGACGACAAGCGAAAGCUGGCUGUAUGAAUGCAUGGGCGACGCGGGAAUUGAGGAGUUUAGGGCGAUAGCGAAGUUGGUCAAGGAUACGAGUGGGACUACGAACGAUGCGUUGCAGGCUUUGGCGAAGAUAUAGGUGGAGAGGGAGGGGGCGAGGCAUGCAGAGGGGAGGGAUCUGAUAAGAUGAACAUAGGGUAUAUGUUACGAAAGACUCCCAGGAAGAGUACGCGGAGGGAGGAGACAAGAUGAACUUGGUGCGACGAACAUGGUGUAUAUGUUACGAAGGACUCGCCUGGGGGGCACAAAGCGUAUGGGAAUAAGGGUGAAUUUGGGCGAAAGCGUGGGCGAAAAGUUGGGCUCUGAUAUCUAAAACGUCAGGUCAACGUCCUCACAACACACGCUGUGGUUUAGAACAUCAUAUCAAUGUCAUAUUCGUGACAGUCCAAAUUAGACCCUGGCUUUAAGACAACUGAUAGUGGAUUGAGAAGCAUGAACGGGAGCCAGUCCGUACGAUUUGGUCUACUUUUUGGCUCAUCAUUGCUACACGUGCUAUAAAGUCGGGGUAAAUUGUAGU